AUGGCAUCAACACAACGAAUAAACGCCACCACAACAGCUGUUAUGGAUAAGUGCAUUUAUACGUGGACGAUCGAGAAUUAUCAUGUUAUAAAAACCAAAGUUGGAGAAUUCAUAUUAUCCCCAAAAUUUAGUGUUGGAAGUGAUAGUAAAAAAUACUUCCAACUGAAAUUAUACCCUGCAGGCGAUCUUGAGGAAAGUGCGGGAUUCAAUUCUAUAUUUCUUCAUUACUUAAAAACUGAUUCAACAAAGAAACUGGACAAACUCGUAUGUAAAACCGAGAUCUCAGCUAUCAAUAAUGAAAAAGUUGUUAAAAAAAUUACGAUACAUGAAGAUUAUGCAGAGUCAUCCUGGGGAUGGAGUAAAUUUUAUGACCUAAAAAAUAUUGACAAAUUAAUUUCUUCCAAGAAUACUGUCACCAUUCAAUGUGAAUUGGAAGUUUUCAAGGAAUAUGAAUCUUCAUUGGAUUCAAAAACCACGAACAAUGAAGACGAGGCAAUCUAUGGAAUGAAAUUCAACUCUGCAUUUCUAUGUGAAGAACUCAGUGAUAUUAAGUUAAUAACUUCUGAUGACAAUUCCAUCCCAGCACACAAAAUUAUACUCGCUACAGCAAGCCCUGUAUUUAGGACCAUGUUUACUUCUGAAAUGUUGCAAAGUAAAAAACACAACUCUGCAAGGAAGCAAAAUACUAUUGAGAUGACGGACACUCCUUACAAUAUUUUAAUUGAGAUGUUGAGGUACAUAUAUACUGGUAAUAUUGUAAGCACUAAAACAGAUGUAGUUCUGGAAAUUUUAGGAGUUGCAAACAAGUAUGAGAUUAAUAAUUUAAAAGUCAAAUGUGGAAAUAUAUUAAGCGCUGCAUUGUCUACUGAAAAUGCAAUUAAAAUUCUUAUAGCUGCCCAUAAAUGUAAUGUAAAGCAUUUAGAAAAUGAAGUGUUAAAGUUUGUCACAGCUCAUAAACAAUCAUUCCUUAAUUCUGAUAAACUAUUAAAUGUAAUUCAAUCAAUGACAAAUUCCUUGCAGUAA